UGUGUGUGUGUGUGUGUGUAAGUUUGGAUACAAAACAAAUUUAGGCAUUCUAUAGCAUCAUGUAGAAAUAUAUAAUAUUUUUUGCUUUAAUUCUGUACGAAAAAAAUCAGAGAUUCUUGUUAAGUUUUUAAUGGUGAACAAUGCAGCCCUAUUCAGUUGAAAAAAAUAGAAGUCAUCAAGCAUAGAUUUAUAUGGUAUCGCUUUUAUAUUCAAUAAUUAAAGUGUUUUUUGGCAGUGUCUAGCCCUUUUCCUGUAGAAUAGCCUUCAAUUUAUUCUGUAUUUCUUGCUUAUUGUGGGACAAAUAGAGCUUUUUUCUAAAUAGCAGACCUUUGAAUAAAAUUCUAUCUGAGGCAGAUGUUAAAAUGCUGUUCUUGCUUUCAAUAGUGUUAGAAUAGGCGUUAGUGUGGUCUACUCUUCACCUGCCUUUCUUUGGUGCAGAGAAAUUAGAUCACACUAGAUCUUAAUUAAGAGGGACUUUGAAAUAAAGUUCAAUUCCCUCUUUAAUUCUGCAAGUAAUUCUAAAGCUAAUAUAAGAAAAACAAAGACAUAAGAAAGAAAGGGAACAGAAAUUGCAAAGAAUGAGUAAGUGAAAGAAUACAAUUUUCAAAUGAUAAGGAUUUUAAAAUACUGCAAAUUGUUUCAUUUCCUACUCAAGGGUUUAUUUAUACAUGCCUGAAUACAGCAAGCAUUUAGUGAGUGUCUUAUUUGCCAACCACAGAUGAGAAAGCAGUUUCCAUCCUUAAGUAGGGACAGAUUGGCAUGAAAUGGGAAGCAAUAAUAUUUACAGGGCAAUAUACAAGUUUUAUGGGAGCACAAAGGAGGGAUAGUAAAUGCUUCCUUCUGAAUUAUAGAGUGAUGAUUCUAUUUAGCCAAUGUAAUUAAAUUUUGAAGAAAUUUGUUGAAGAAGUUGUGAAACAAGUUUCUUUCCUCAGUUUUUUGGUGUUCCUAUGCCCAGUGUUUCUGGAAAAGUAAAAUCUAUUAUUUUGGUGGUCCCAGAAAUCACAAUUUUCCCUUUGGUUCCUGGGGGUAGUGUCAGGAGUGAAAGGCCUAGUACAGAACCAAAUCUAGCACAAUGAGGUAGAUAGUUAACUGCUAGAAAACAUUCUUUUUGCAGCUGUUGAAUUUUUAACUUUCCCCAUGAAGCAGUGAAAAAUCUCAACAACGUGAACGGUUCUCGAUCUUAACAUAAUUUUUUACAAAACGAACAAAAGAAAAUGAAAUAUUUAAAUGAGCCACUAAAGAAGAAAUGUAUAAAUAUAUACACACAAGUUGGGUACAGCCAUUUGAGUCUGUUGGAGGCCACGCGAUGGCGCUGCAGGCUAAAGAGAGAAAAAGGAAUUCAAGUGAGAAUGCUGUGGAAAUCACUAACAAAAAAGGAAGAACGCGGCAGGAAGGCUGGGAGAAUAGCCGUAGCUGCCCAAGAUUAGGAAAGGAACAAAACCUCAGACCUCUGCUACUACAUGGCAUAGGUCUGGGUUUUGCGGCUGCUGUUUCUCUAUGCUGGGAACUGUGAUUGUGACCAGUAUUGACGAAAGGUGUGUUCAAAAGAAGCUAUGGAGGCUGGAAGAUUGUGCUGCCAAAGACAAAGGCAAGUCCUGUUUCUCUUCCUGUUUUGGGGAGUAUCCUUGGCAGGUUCUGGGUUUGGACAAUAUUCGGUGACUGAGGAAACGGAGAGAGGAUCGUUUGUGGUCAAUCUGGCAAAGGAUCUGGGGCUAGGGAAUGGGGAGCUGGUUGCCAGGGGAGCCCGGGUGAUCUUUGAUGAUAACAAACAAUACUUGCUCCUGGAUUCUCAUACUGGGGAUUUACUCACAAAUGAGAAACUGGACCGUGAGAAGCUGUGUGGCUCCACAGAGCCCUGUAUGCUGUAUUUCCAAAUUUUAAUGGAUAAUCCCUUUCAGAUUUACCGGGCUGAGCUGAGGGUCAGGGACAUAAAUGAUCAUUCACCAGUGUUUCGGGACAAAGACACGGUCUUAAAAAUAUUAGAAAACACAGCUGAAGGGACAACAUUUCGACUAGAAAGAGCACAUGAUUCAGAUGGAGGACCUAACAGUAUCCAAAACUACACCAUCAAUCCCAAUUCUUUUUUCCAUAUUAAAGUUAGUGACAGUGAUGAAGGUAUGAUAUAUCCAGAGCUAGUGUUGGACAAGGUGCUAGAUAGGGAGAAGCAGCAAGAGCUCAGUUUAACACUCAUGGCGCUGGAUGGCGGGUCUCCACCCAGGUCUGGGACUACCACUAUACGCAUUGUGAUCCUGGACGUCAAUGACAAUGCCCCACACUUUUCUCAGGCAACCUAUGUGAUCCAGGCUCCUGAGAACAGCCCGGUAGGAUCCAUUAUUGCUAAAGUCUCUGCAGAAGAUGUAGACUCUGGAGUCUAUGCAGACAUAUCCUAUUCACUUUUUGAUGCUUCUGAAGAUAUUCAAGCAACCUUUCAAAUCAAUCCUUUUUCUGGGGAAAUCAUUCUCAGAGUGUUGCUUGAUUAUGAGCUAGUAAAAUUUUACAAAGUAAAUAUACAGGCAAUUGACGGUGGGGGCCUUUCUGCAAGAUGUACGGUUUUGAUUGAGAUAUUAGACACCAAUGACAAUCGCCCGGAACUAAUCAUUUCAUCACUUUCCAACCAAAUUGCUGAGAACUCUCCUGAGACCAUAUUGGCAGUUUUUAGGAUUAAAGACAGAGACUCUGGAGAAAAUGGAAAGAUGGUUUGCUACAUUCAAGAUAAUCUGCCAUUCCUUCUGAGACCCUCUGUGGAGAAUUUUUACAUUCUAACGACAGAAGGUGCGCUGGACAGAGAAAGCCAAGCUGAGUACAACAUCACCAUCACCGUCACCGACUUGGGGACCCCCAGGCUGAAAACCCAGCACAACAUAACCGUGCUGGUCUCCGACGUCAACGACAACGCCCCGGCCUUCACCCAAACCUCCUACACCCUGUUCGUCCGCGAGAACAACAGCCCCGCCCUGCACAUAGGCAGCGUCAGCGCCACAGACAGAGACGCGGGCGCCAACGCCCAGGUCACCUACUCGCUGCUGCCGCCACAGGACCCGCACCUGCCCCUGGCCUCCCUGGUGUCCAUCAACGCCGACAACGGGCAGCUGUUCGCCCUGAGGGCGCUGGAUUACGAGGCCCUGCAGGCCUUGGAGUUCCGCGUGGGCGCCACGGACCGCGGCUCCCCUGCGCUGAGCAGCCAGGCGCUGGUGCGCGUGCUGGUGCUGGACGCCAACGACAACUCGCCCUUCGUGCUGUACCCGCUGCAGAACGGCUCUGCGCCCUGCACCGAGCUGGUGCCCAGGGCGGCCGAGCCGGGCUACCUGGUGAGCAAGGUGGUGGCGGUGGACGGAGACUCGGGCCAGAACGCCUGGCUGUCGUACCAGCUGCUCAAGGCCACGGAGCCCGGGCUGUUCGGCGUGUGGGCGCACAACGGCGAGGUGCGCACGGCGCGGCUGCUGAGCGAGCGCGACGCGGCCAAGCACAGGCUGGUGGUGCUGGUCAAGGACAACGGCGAGCCGCCGCUGUCGGCCAGCGUCACGCUGCACGUGCUGCUGGUGGACGGCUUCUCGCAGCCCUACCUGCCGCUCCCGGAAGCGGCGGCCGACCCGGCCCAGGCCGACCCGCUCACGGUCUACCUGGUCAUCGCGUUGGCGUCGGUGUCGUCGCUCUUCCUGUUCUCGGUGCUGGCGUUCGUCGCGGCGCGGCUGUGCAGGAGGGGCAGGGCCGCCUCGUUGGGUGGCUGCUCGGUGCCCGAGGGCCACUUUCCGGGCCACCUGGUGGACGUCAGCGGUACUGGGACCCUUUCCCAGAGCUACCAGUAUGAGGUUUGUCUGACAAGAGGCUCAGGGACCAGCGAUUUCAAAUUUCUCAAACCUAUUGUCCCCAAUAUUCAGGCACAGAGUCCUGGGAGGAAUAGUGAAGAAAAUCCCACCUUUGGAAAUAGCUUUGGAUUUAAUUUUCAGUAAAAAUUAUUUUUAUGUUUACAUUUUCAUGCACUUUUGAUGUGUCAUACAACCAUGUAAAUAUUAGUUUAUUUUAAAACUCCCAGUUAAAUUAAUAUGCAAUUUCGAGCCUAAUUUUAAAGUACUGUAUACCUAUGUUUUUACAGUGUUAUUUAAUCCUUUUUUGCAUUAAUCAACAGCUUUAAUUAGUACCCAUUUAUAAAUAGUAGUGUUAAGGUUUAAUUCUUUCAAAAUACACAAGGAUUUAGCUCUUAUUAUUUCUCGUUCUAGAAAGCUGAGGUUUUGAUUUUUCUCCUACUGUAUUUCAGACUGCAUCUCAUUAUCCUAUCCACACCUCUAAUGUACUUCUUUCAUAUAAGAAGACAUACCUGCCCUUCUGACCAUAUUCUAACAUUCUGUUUAAUCAUAUUAGAAAUCCAUGUCAUUUAGUUCUAAAUCAUAGCAUUCAAGAAGAAACAGUUCUCUAUUUUUCUACUUAUGAUAAAAUGAAACAUUAUUUAGUGAGCAAUAUUGGACUCCAAUAAUGUUCUUGUGUUUAUAUUAUUAUUUCAUUCCCUUUCCAUAUGCUAAUAAUAUUCUUGUGUUUAUAUUAUUAUUUCAUUUCUUUUACAUACACUACUCUUACUCAAUAUUU